GGAAGAAAAAAAAGAGAAGUCGAAUCUGGUCAAAAAUUCUGAAGGAGAGAGAGAGAGAGAGUCAACGAAGACCGAGAGCUUCAACAUCAUCUUGCUCGAGAUGGCAACGGACUUCAAAACCCUACCAGUUAUCGAUAUCUCUCCUCUAUUGGUCAAAUGUGAUGAUUCCGACAUGGCGGAGGAUGCCGGAGUUGUUGAGGUUGUCCGGCAACUGGAUCGGGCUUGUCGGGAAUCCGGAUUCUUCUACGUGACAGGCCAUGGAAUUUCGGAGGAUGUAAUCAAUAAAGUCAGAGAGAUCACGCGUGAGUUCUUUAAGCUUCCUUACGAGGAGAAACUUAAGAUCAAGAUGACUCCAGCAGCUGGCUACAGAGGAUAUCAGAGAAUUGGGGAAAAUGUUACCAAGGGAAAGCCAGACAUGCACGAAGCCAUUGAUUGUUAUAGAGAGUUUAAGCAGGGGAAGUAUGGUGAUGUAGGAAAAGCUAUGGAAGGGCCAAACCAGUGGCCAGAGAAUCCCCAAGAGUUUAAAGAGUUGAUGGAGGAGUAUACUAAGCUCUGUACAGAUCUUUCUAGAAAGAUUUUGAGGGGAAUCUCUUUAGCACUUUGCGGAACACCUUAUGAGUUUGAAGGAAAGAUUGCUGGAGAGCCAUUUUGGGUGAUGCGUCUUAUUGGAUAUCCAGGUGCUCCGUUCACAAAUGGCCAGCCCGUAAAUGAUAUCGGAUGUGGAGCUCACACUGACUAUGGCUUGUUAACUCUUGUAAAUCAAGAUGAUGACAAAACUGCUCUUCAGGUGAGAAACUUGGGCGGCGAUUGGAUAUCAGCCAUUCCCAUCCCUGGAUCAUUUGUCUGCAACAUCGGCGACAUGUUAAAGAUACUUUCAAACGGAGUAUACGAAUCCACACUUCAUAGAGUGAUCAACAACUCUCCUCAAUACCGUGUCUGCGUUGCGUUCUUCUAUGAGACGAAUUUCGACGCGGUAGUUGAGCCAUUGGAUAUCUGUAAACAGAAGUACCCUUCAGGGGGAGGAACAUCACAAGUUUUCAAAAGAGCUGUUUAUGGAGAGCAUCUGGUAAGCAAAGUACAGACCAACUUUGCAAUGUAAUGAUGAAACAGAGAUCUUUUUGUUUUUUUUUUUGGAAACAGAGAUCUCUUCUCUCACCUUCAGGUUUGGCUUGUAAAACAUAAAUAAGGGCUUCUAUAUUACCUUUGUUGUUGA